AACAAAGGAGAGAGGAAGAAGAGAAAAGAGAGGAAGAGCAGAGGAGAGAGGAAGAAGAGAAAAGAGAGGAAGAACAGAUGAGAGAAAAAGAAGCAAGGAGUUUUGAGGGGACACAGAAGGAAGAGACAGAUGUAAAGAGCCCAAAAACAGAGAAACGUGGUCUGAUGGGAAAGAUGAGGAACGCUCUUCAGGCACUGAGAAAAGCGCGAGAGGUGGACAGGAGAAUGGAAAGGUGGGAUGAAGACAUAGAGAUGAGACGAUACAUGGCAGGACUGGAAGGUACAGAUCAGAUGCCGGGAGAAACGUCACACGAGCAGGACGGAGAGAGACGGGAAGGCCCGGUUAUACUGGUCAUCACUUCACCGUCCACGUCGGAGCUGAAUAAAGCGUGCCAGUGCCAGAGCGACAGCAAGCUGACCAGGAAGGAAAAGAAAGAACGGAGAAAACUGCAGAAAAGGCAGAGUGAAGAACUCAGAAAGCAGAAGAAGAAGGAGGAGGAGAAAAAGAAAAAGGAGGAGAAGAAGAAAACAACAAAAGAAAAGACCACAGAAAGGAAGAGCUUCUGGAGAAAAUUUCUGUGCUGCUAAAAAACUCAAGUGAAAGAACCAGAAUGUGUUUAAUGGAAACAUAUCAGCAUCAAAGGGAAUGUCAUCCUAAAUUUGAAUUUAAAUUUUCCACAUGCAAUUUUGGGCUCAAAAUGAAAAUUCAAUAAUUCAAUUAAUAUGUACUUUAACUUCUAUGCAUUUGCACUCUCUAAUAACAUUUUUGGAACUGCAUUAUUAAAGAAAACACCAAGAUAGAAAGAUGUUAAAAUUGAAAUGUAAAAGGGAAACAGCUCCUCUCUGCUCUGCAGUCACAGAUUCUCACCUACUGCGCUCAUUCUGUGGCAAAACGCCUUUGAAAGUGCAUCAGCUACGGUGCACAUUUUAGGACAUCCUCAGACCUCAGCGUCAGCACUCAGGCCUCGGACAGAACAGCAUCGCUCCUCGGACUAAACGACUUAGAGUCUCUGGAAAACCAUCGUCAUGUCUCAGAUCUCAUGGAAUUAAACAUCAGACGAAACGUCAUCGGACAAAAAGGUAUCAGACCGAACAAUGUCAGAUCAAACAGCCUUUUUUAGACAGAUAAUAUAUAAUAAUAAUGUGAAUUUGUGAAUGUUAUUGCUGUGUUAUAUUGUAUCGAUGAUGUGUCUAUUAUUUAGCAUGAGGCUGUCACUUCUAACUGGAAGCAAAGGUUUAUCUCCAGGUAUUUCUGCGAUGCUGUCCGGGAGCAAAACGUUAUGUAUUUGUGUGAUUCUGUGCAUAAUAGCUGACUCAACAACAUGAAAUAGAAAAACUUAAUCCCUCUCAAAAAAGGACAAAGACUUACUCAGGCAUUAGUGAAGUUAUUUUGGCCAUUUAUUCUUUUUCUAUUUACAGUUUGUGGGAAUGUUGGGGUGUGGAAUUUGCAAGGCUGCACUGUUUUAUAUGUAUGACAAUCCUGUACACAUGUAAGUUAAUGCUUUUAGAAAAACAAGGAAGGUGAUUUUUGGUUCUGAUUUUGCUCUACAGAAACUGUUGGAGUGCGCCCACUUUCCUUUGCUCCAAAAAGAACUGGUUAUGGAGCAGACGAUAUGGAGCGCACACGACAUUGGCCAGCAACGCAGUGUUCCAGGUCCUUUUGGCUUUGCUGACAUGCUUUGCCAAGUAGAUGAUGAUGAUGUCCUGCAGCAAGCGGAACAAUUUGUGUGUGGGGUGGACGAACCAUCUUUGGUGUUAAACGAGGCCUUCAGAAGCCUCCCAGACCCUUCUUCAGAAUAAAAAGUUCCCAUAUCAUCAGACGACUCUCUGGCUGCUUUCCUCAUGCUACUGCAGAAAUGUACUACUGCUCUUGAAAUAAAGAACAUUCCUAGACCCUCCACAUUUACAGAAGCU